ACACAUAACCAAUUAAUUAACGAGUUCGACCAGUAACACUUUCCAAAAAUGUCAACUGAUGACUCCAAAAUCAGCACGGCCAAAGCACUGAUCUCGACCAUCGGUUCCGUCGCGGCGGCGGCCAUGGUUGUUCGCAGCUUCUCCCGCGACUACUUACCUUCUGAAUUCCAGGACUAUUUUUAUCUCACUUUCCGAAAACUCAUCAACAAAUUCUCCACACAGUUGACCAUGAUCAUAUAUGAAUUCGAAGGCUUUAGCGACAACGAAAUCUACACCGCGACACAAGCCUACCUUGCAGCCCGGAUAUCGUCUAAUAUUCACCGUCUAAAGAUCACAAAAACCCCAAAUGAGAAACAAAUAAGCGUUGCCAUGGAAUUAAAUGAAGAAUAUGUGGAUACGUAUAAUGGGAUUAAGUUCACAUGGUCUCUAGUAUCUAAAAAAAAACCAACUAGAGAAUACUAUACUCAUGAUGAAACCGGAAGGUCUUCAAAAUCCGAUUUACGUUCCUUGGAGCUCACGUUUCAUAGAAAACACAAAGACUUGGUGUUGAACGAGUAUUUGCCGUUUAUACUAGAUGAAGUCAAAACAAAGAAACAACAAGAGAAAACCGUGAAGCUGUUCACGGUUGAAAGGAAGACGAGUUACACCCGAUAUCCAACGGCGUGGACGUGUGUGAAUCUAGACCAUCCUGCAAAGUUUGAGACGGUGGCGAUGGAUGACGGAAUGAAGGAGAAAGUGAUCAAGGAUUUGGAUAGGUUUUUGGAGAGGAGAGAGUAUUAUAGGAAAGUCGGAAAGGCGUGGAAGAGAGGGUAUUUGUUGUAUGGGCCUCCUGGGACAGGGAAAUCUAGUUUGAUUGCAGCCAUGGCCAAUUAUUUGAAUUUUGAUAUAUAUGACUUGGAGUUGACUGAAAUUAGAUCCAAUUCUGAGUUGAGGAGGUUGUUGGUGGCCACGGGGAAUAGGUCGAUUUUGGUGGUGGAAGAUAUCGAUUGCUCGGUUGAGUUGCAUGAUCGGAUGGAGGUGGAAGCCGCAAAAGCUAUGGCUCGAAGAAGUCAACGACCAGGUUAUGAUGAUGAAAGCAAGGUAACAUUGUCAGGGUUUCUUAACUUCAUAGAUGGCUUAUGGUCAAGUUGUGGCGAUGAGAGAAUCAUCAUAUUCACCACAAACAGAAAGGACAAACUUGAUCCUGCACUUCUUCGUCCAGGUCGUAUGGACGUUCACAUCAACAUGUCAUACUGCACUUCAAGCGCGUUCCGAUUGCUAGCAUCCAACUAUCUUAGUAUCAGUGAGCACAACCUUUUUGAAGAAAUUAAGGAUUUGAUCUGUGAGGUACAGGUUACCCCUGCCGAAAUAGCAGAGCAACUUCUCAAAGAUGAAGACCCUGAUAUUGCUCUUGGUGGUCUCAUUGAGUUUUUCGACAUUAAGAAGAAGGAAAAUGAAGAGGCCAAAUCAAGGGAAAAGAAGAAAGAAAUGAUCACAAAGGAGAAUGAAAAGAAGCUACAAGAGGAUGGCAAUGCAUCAAUCAAUUAAGAUAACUUGGUACUACUUAUUGAGAACAUUCCAAAUAAUUUCAAGUUUACUCUUGUAAGAUGGAAUAUAUUGCUCAAACUUGGCUAGCUACGGUUUAUUUAUAAUAGUACUUGAUGAUUAUCAAA